CAGAAACCGGACGCUGUUGGUACAUUAGCUGCAGAAAAAAAUGUCAUAGUUGAGCCGAAUGAAUGGAUGCUGUGAGGUGCCUUUGCUCACAUCUGUCCAAAAUGACAUGAAGCUCUGAGCUUCCAUCGCUCAGCUCCGCCGAUUGUCGCCUCCGCUAGUCAGGGCACCAUGGCAACGAGGAUGAAGCUAAAGCUGAAGACUGUAUUUUUGCUCUACUUCAUGGUCUCGCUCCUGGGCCUCAUCUAUGCACUGAUGCAGCUCGGCCAGCGCUGUGACUGUACAGAACAUGACUUCCCUAAAGACCGCACCAUAUCUCGGCUGCGUGGGGAACUACACCGUCUUCAGGAGGAGAUGAGGAAGUUUGAAGUAACAAAGCAACCUCAGAAGCAGCCAGCCAAACCGUCCCUGCCCACCAUCUUUGUUAUCACGCCGACAUAUGCAAGGCUGGUGCAGAAGGCCGAGCUGACUCGUAUGUCCCAGACUUUUCUCCAUGUCCCUCGACUCCACUGGAUCUUGGUGGAGGACUCGCCACACAAGACGCCUCUGGUGACCGACCUGCUGAUGAAGAGCAGCCUGACCUACACUCACCUACACAUGCCCACCGCCAAGGACCGCAAACUACAGGAGGGUGACCCCAGCUGGCUCAAGCCCCGUGGAGUGGAGCAGAGAAACGAAGGGCUACGGUGGCUUAGGGAGGACAGGAGGGCUCAGCCAGGAGGGGAUAACCAGCAAGGAGUGGUGUACUUUGCUGAUGACGAUAACACAUACAGCCUGCAGUUGUUUGAGGAGAUGAGGAGCACACAGCGGGUGUCAGUUUGGCCGGUGGGCCUGGUUGGAGGGAUGAAGUAUGAGAGGCCUGUGGUUGAAGGAGGAAAGGUUGUUCGCUUCCAUACCGGCUGGCGUCCCAGUCGGCCCUUUCCGAUCGACAUGGCUGGCUUCGCCGUUUCCCUUAAAUUGGUCCUGGCCAAUCCAGAGGCAUGCUUUGACGGAGAGGCACCAAUGGGCUUGCUGGAAAGCAGCUUCCUUCAGGGACUGGUUACCAUGGAUGAACUGGAGCCCAAAGCAGACAACUGCACUAAAGUGCUGGUGUGGCACACACGGACAGAGAAACCGAAGAUGAAGAGAGAGGAGGCGCUGCAGGCUCAGGGACUGGGUUCAGACCCUGCUGUGGAGGUCUGAGGGAAACACGUGCACAUCAACACACACGCACACACACAUGCACACACAGUGUGUGAUUAUAUUCUGCUGUUAAUGCUGCAUACGUAACUGCAUUGUAAAUACUGUAAACACUAAAGUACAGAAGAGAACCUGGUUUUGAGAGACUGUUACACCCGGUUGUAAAUAUAGACGUGUACCGA